GCUUACAAGAAGAAACCAUUUCCUCUCCCUCCCUCUCUCUGCUUCUCUCUUUUUCUUAUCCAAUGUAGGAACUUCGAUAAAGAUUGAGGAUUUGGAUUUGUGUUUAAGCUUCAGGGAGUUUCUAGGUUUAUUUCAUCUGUUAAUGGGGGCUUGGUUCUCUGGUUUUGUAGUAGAAAGUGACGAAGGUUCUAUUCCGAAGCCUUGUCUCGGAGAUUUACCGGAGAGUUGCGUUUCUUCAAUUUAUAUGUAUUUGGAUCCAUCUGAUAUUUGUAAAUUCGCACGGUUGAAUCGAGCUUUUCGUGGUGCUUCGUCUGCUGAUUUCGUUUGGGAAUCAAAGUUGCCUUCAAAUUAUCGUUACCUGAUCGACAAAUUAUUCGAUAAGGCUCCGGUGAAUUUGAAUAAGAAGGAUAUUUACGCCGGACUUUGUCAUCCUAACCCUUUUGAUGGUGGUUCUAAGGAGGCUUGGCUGGACGUGAGUACGGGUGGGAUUUUCCUGUCGAUUUCUUCCAAGGCGCUAAGAAUAACCGGGAUUGAUGAUCGGAGAUAUUGGAAUCACAUUCCAACUGAGGAAUCUAGAUUCCACACUGUGGCUUAUCUUCAUCAAAUUUGGUGGUUUGAGGUAGGAGGGGAAGUUGAGUUCUGCUUUCCAGUGGGAACAUAUAGCCUUUUCUUCAGGGUUCAGCUGGGCAGGGCCUCCAAGAGACUAGGCCGUCGAAUCUGCAAUCCGGAGCACGUCCACGGUUGGGACAUAAAGCCUGUGCGUUUCCAGCUAUGGACAUCAGAUGGUCAGACUGCACAGUCACAGUGCUAUUUGAGUGAACCAGGGAUCUGGAGUCACUAUUAUGUUGGAGAUUUCAUCGUGGAGAACCCCAAUGUGCCCACAAAGAUCAAGUUUUCAAUGACCCAGAUUGAUUGCACGCACACCAAAGGCGGUCUCUGUGUAGAUUCAGUUUUGGUAUGCCCUAGUGGGUUUAAAAUUUAGAGGGAGGUUAAAGCAUUUUUUUAGCUUGAAUUUGACCUUUAUAGGAAACAGAGAUGGUGGGGGUAGCCCAAAAAAGUAGUACAGAAUCAGAUACGGCUUGGGUUCUUUUGGUUCAUCCAAGCCACAGAGGAGAUAAAGAGUUGGCAAGCAAAGCAUGGAAUGUGUAUAUACGUAUCUUACUUUCUGUUUGUUUAAUUUGUUCGUUGUCCAGAGGCUUUGAUCUUGGUGUACAUGAUGCGAUGGUUUUUAUUUAUGGAACAGCUGAGCUUUCUUUCUUUUGUC